UGACUUUUUUUUGGCUAAUUUUGCGCAUUUAACGCUGGAUUACUGUUUCACAUUAAAUGCAUAUGUUUAGGAAACGACUUUUGGACACAUCUCUCACAGAUGUUACUCGUUGAAGUGCUGUAGGUCUCUUUUUAAUAUACUAACCUCCUGAGGAAGAAAAAAAAACUUCGGCUUGUCUUUGCGCUUUCCAGGAGAAACCGGAGUCGUUAGCCGCGUUAAGUUAGCAUCGGAGAAGAAGUUGCGCCGGAAGUGGAUGUUAAAGUCUUCAAAAUAAAAGCCUUGCUGCUAACCCAACGCUUAAUCUAAGCACCGUUUACCUCAGAUUGGUUUUAUUUUGAAAGUCAGAACCAGAAGUUGCAAUUCCGACUCUUGCUAGCUUAACUGUUUGUCUGACUUAACGCGUUUCAGGCGGAGUUCAGGUCUUAAAACAUUUGGCAAACUUCUUCACCGCUCCACUUCUUCGUCCACAUAUUUGCGCUGAGAUACCUUUCCCCAUGUCUGCCUUGGAGGAGUAACGACUCAUGGAAUAUCAUAACUGUGUGGCACGUUUACAUUUUUGACACUUUUCUGGGCUUAUUAAGCAUUAAACCUUGUCUCCCUGCAGUGGAAGCGCUCCCAGGACAGACAGGAGACUUCUGGUUUGUAACUUUUUCUUUUCUCCCUUGUCGGAUUUUUGGGGCGCACAUGCGAUGUCACGGACUAUUAAAAGAAGAAAGAAAUGUUUGUGUUUAGUUUUGCGGUUUCGGUACGAAGGUGUUUUUUGAGUUUAUUUUUUUAAACCAGUUGAGCAACUGGCGACAGGACUCUAUAAUCAAUGUGGUGUCAGCUGGAAGGACGCGGGGUCCGGAUCUCACCUAAACGCUGAUACGUCUUGGGAGUGAUGCACUGGCUUCCCCUGGUUGCCAUGGUGAUUGCCUCGGCCCUGCCCUUCCCUCACAACCCCGUGUCCAGGAUUGCUGCCGCAACGACAGAGCCUGGCUUUGACAACCGCAGAGAGCACCGUCAUGACUCGGCUGCUCACCUCGCAGCUCCCCCUGUGGACUACAACUUCCAUGGAAAUGCCUCACAAACGGACUACAACAUGGCUGCUACCCUUAGCCAAAACACCAACAGACAAAACCUCCAGAACCAUAAGGAUUAUGUGAAAUCCUCCGUAGAUGAAGAGACUUCCACGUUCAAAGUGGAGAAUCAAGGAACCUACCAAUCAAAUAGCAACUCAGGCAGCGAUGACAAAAGCAGUGACACUGUGGAUGUUCCCACAGAAGGAGGAACACUCAGGACCGAGGAUAUUUCCCAGGAUAAUUCUUUACCAAAGGAUUACAAAGCUGACAGCAGCAGCAGGAGAGAUUACUCCAGUUUUGUGGACUUUUCCGAGAAGGACAAUCUUCAGGACCCUACAGAAAGACUGCUGCCAGUUUCCACGGCGGAAACGCAUAAUGCAGUCAGUCCUGCUGCUAAUCUAAAGGGUCAAAGAGGACCAGAACCAACUGUUCCCUCGGAAAAGCUCAGAGAUGCACCUACAGUUGAGACAGGAAGCACGCGGACACCUGGGGCUGGAAGAGGUCCAGCUGAGGAGAGCUUGAACCUGGAGGCAGGGCUGGGUCUGGGGACCGGGCUGGACAAUAUCUUAGAAGGGGACGAGAUGUUUCUGGAUGCACAUCCGCGAGUCCUGUUCUCACCUUCCCCGUCGCCUCCAGAGCACCCACCUCUCCUGCUCAUGUUGGAGACCGGCCUGCUGGAGGAGGACGGGGAGGGAGAGGAGCAGGAGGACAUGGACGGACACAUCGAGGGUCACGGGGACCGGGCGAUCGACAGGAGCACAACUCUGAGUUGGGCAGACUCUUCCAGAGUUACAGAGGUUGCCCGCCCUGUCAAAAGGGAUAAACGCUCACACUUGAUGGACAGAAGGAGAGGGGAAAAGUCAGUGUGCGAGGCGGAAAGUGUUUGGGUCACUGACAAGAAGACUGCCAUCGACUCCCACGGUCAGAAGGUCACCAUCUUACAGGAGAUCCAGACGCAGACAGGACCACUCAAACAGUACUUCUAUGAGACUCGUUGCCGCGAGGCCGAGCAGACAACCAACACUGGCAGGUCGAGGGCCGGCGCUGCACUUAAACCUGUUGGGACGGGCGUAGCCGGGGCCGGCUGCUUGGGCGUGGAUAAAAAACAGUGGGUGAGUGAGUGCAAAGCCAAGCAGUCGUACGUCCGAGCACUCACCAAAGACGCUAACAACAGAACCGGAUGGAGGUGGAUCCGCAUCGACUCGUCCUGUGUCUGUGUGCUGCUGUCCAGAGCCAAUCAGGCGCUGGGAAGGGAGGUCUUGACGAGGAGGGGGAGAGGCUGAGAGAGAGAGGGGGGGGUGAUAGGGAGAGAUGGCAAGAAGUAGAAAGUGACACAGAGCAGAGCAGCUGUGACAUCCUUCUGUGUGCACUUUCACUUUCUUAAACUUGACUUAGUUGUCCCUCUCUCUCCUCCAGCCCGUCCUCCACCGUAACCUCAAAAGACUUUUAAAAAAAACAAGAAGACCUCAUUACUAGAUCUUAGGGAAAAUUGUCAUAUAGAGAUUUUACUGUUUUUUGUAUGAUUUAUCUUUCAUAAUCUAAGUUAUUUUUGAUUAGUAUGUAAGCAUGUGUAUGUCUUUGAUAUUAAUAUAUUCCUUUAUAUAUGUGUACAAUAUGACACCAGUAUACCUUUAUGUAUGAAGCUAUGUAUAUCAGUGUGUAUUUAUAGAAGAAGUCUUCAUGGAGUGGUAGGUCUCUCCAGUGUCUGAUGAUAAUUCUAGCCUCUGGGCCGCUCGGGUUGUGAGAGGAAGGAGCGCCACCUACUGAGGCUCCACUUUACUGCUCCACACUGUUCACACAUGGAUUACCAUGAAUGUGACAGUGCAUUUUAGUAUCGGAUACAGAAACUACAGCAUGGGCACACUUAAGCAUGGUUUCACUCAGGCUGAUGAUUUGACAGUUUUAUGGGAGGAAACAUCUCCAAAUGUGGAACGUGUUCAAUGUGGUUCAUGAUGUAAACCCAUGUGGUUUGUAAAUUAUACGACACUUAAAAACUAAUUUUACCAUCUUCUGGUUUGUUCAGUUUGCCUGCCAAAAUGUGGUAAUAAAGGAUCUUUGUACUCGGCA